UUCCCUCCCCGCCUCCGCGCCGCGGCGCGCUCAGGCUCCGCAGCCGAUAUGGGCGCCGCCGCGUGGGCACCGCUGCCUCUGCCGCCGCGCCUGUCCCUCCUGCUGCUGCUUUUGCCCCUCCCUGGGCUGCCCGCGGGCUCCUGGGACCCGGCCGGUUACCUGCUCUACUGCCCCUGCAUGGGGCGCUUUGGGAACCAGGCUGAUCACUUCUUGGGCUCCCUGGCAUUUGCAAAGCUGCUGAACCGCACACUAGCUGUACCCCCCUGGAUUGAGUACCAGCAUCACAAGCCUCCCUUCACCAACCUCCAUGUGUCCUAUCAGAAGUACUUCAAGCUGGAGCCCCUCCAGGCCUACCAUCGGGUCAUCAGCCUGGAGGACUUCAUGGAGAAGCUGGCACCCACCCACUGGCCCCCUGAGAAGCGGGUAGCUUACUGCUUUGAAGUGGCAGCCCAGCGGAGCCCUGAUAAAAAGACAUGCCCCAUGAAGGAAGGAAACCCCUUUGGCCCAUUCUGGGACCAGUUUCAUGUGAGUUUCAACAAGUCAGAGCUUUUUGCAGGCAUUUCCUUCAGCGCUUCCUACAAGGACCAGUGGAUUCAGAGAUUUUCUCCAAAGGAACAUCCAGUGCUCGCCCUGCCAGGGGCCCCGGCUCAGUUCCCUGUCCUGGAGGAACAUAGGCCACUCCAGAAGUACGUGGUGUGGUCAGAUGAGAUGGUGAAGACAGGAGAAGCUCAGAUCCAUGCCCACCUCAUCCGGCCCUAUGUGGGCAUUCAUCUGCGCAUCGGCUCUGACUGGAAGAAUGCCUGCACCAUGCUGAAGGAUGGGACUGCAGGCUCCCACUUCAUGGCCUCACCGCAGUGUCUGGGCUACAGCCGCAGCACAGCUGCCCCGCUCACCAUGACCAUGUGCCUCCCCGACCUAAAGGAAAUCCAGCGGGCCGUGAAGCUCUGGGUGAGGGCGCUGAAUGCCCAGUCGGUCUACAUCGCCACGGAUUCUGAGAGCUAUGUGCCUGAGAUCCAACAGCUCUUCACAGGGAAGGUGAAGGUGGUGAGCUUGAAGCCGGACGUGGCCCAGAUCGACCUGUACAUCCUUGGCCAGGCCAACCACUUCAUUGGCAACUGCGUCUCCUCCUUCACUGCCUUUGUGAAGCGGGAACGGGACCUCCAGGGGAGGCCAUCCUCUUUCUUCGGCAUGGACAGGCCCCCUCAGCUGCGGGACGAGUUCUGAUCUGGACUGGAGCACAUCAACAGACUGAGCUGGGCCCUCCAGCCAGGCCUGGCAGCCAGCUAUGCUCCCAGGACUGAUGCCCAAGGGUGCAAGCUCCUCUGCUUGCCUGCCAGAGACAGAAAGGUACCAGGGACUUCCUGGCAGGGAAGAGGCUGGGCUCCUGGACACAGGACUUCUAACUGCUAGGGGCUGGAGCCUCUCUCCCCCUCCGUGGACUUUCUGCUGUAUCUCUGGGAAUUCUCCCAUCAGCAGAGCAGUCCAACUCUAUGUUUUGGUGUGCCCUGCUCUGAGCAGCCUGGGACGGUGAGCUCUCUUCAGAGAGAUUUUUAUGUUUUCAUAUAUAUAUGUAUAUAAAGCCACUGCCAUCGAGUCGAUUCCUACUCAUAGUGACCCUAUAGGACAGAGUAGAACUGCCCCAUUGAGUUUCCAUGGAGCGCCUAGUGGAUUCGAACUGCUGACCUCAUAUAUAUAUAUUUUUUUUUUUUUAAUGAUUUUUAUACAAAAUCAUGAUUACUCCAGAACUCUCCCUCAUUUUUAAAAAUCAGUGAAGUCCACAAUCAUAGGUACCUAAAGUGACCUUAACUAGAUAUGGAUGAGGCCAGGGGUGGUUGUAUUGACUGCUCUUCCAGGUGACCCCCCCGCCAAGUGGCCUUCAGACCUGUCCCCACUGCCUGCCCAGAGCCAUUGUCAGCACCCCCCUUCCUAGGGCACUUCCGGGGUUUGGGGUAUGAACACUCUCCUCCGGCAUAAACACUAUGCAAACGUAUUUUAUCAACCCUGGUGUUGUGCAGUGCUCCACAGCCAGCCAGGUGUUGCUCAUAGAGCACACGAACAGCAAGGAGCACACGGCAUCUUGCUAGACAAUCAUGGCAUUGCCAUCAGUCAAUCUUUGGGCAGUUGGCAGCCUGCUGCCCGUCUGACAUCAAGAGGGGCUCAGAACAUCAUUAGGAGCCAGGGCUUGCUGGCCUGGUGGGCUCCUGAAGGCUUUCCACUCCCUUCUGCUGCCCUGCCCCAAAGGGCCUGGUUGGUAGAAUUUAGCCAUUAGGUUGGUAUCCAGAGCCUGUUCCCUCCUGCAACAGAAGCCUUCAGACCAUAUUCUCACAAGGGAUUGUUGCCCAACCUUCUGACCAGAUAGAACAUGUCCCGAAGCCAUCGGAAUUCCCAGUUUGGACGCAGCUUUGCCCCUUCCCAUCCAGUGUAAUCUCUCUACCAGCCCCCAUGAGGCUUAAAAUAUUACAAGUUCUAAGUUUGUCUCUCAGGUGCUGCAGGUUUAAUCAUCCCAUGACUCCUGAGAAUGUGAUUUUUCAACUCUGUGAUUCUGAACUUUCAUGUCUGUUACCUGCCAAUCUCUUAAACCUCCCUUGACCUUCAAUCCUGGAGUGGAAGAGGCGGCUCCUACAGCAAGCCAGGCCCAUAGCCCCUGUGCAAACUGGGUCAGAGGUCAGAAGUGGCAGAGUGAUGGAGGACUCAAACACCAGAGGUUGCAUUUGCUCUUUAGAACUACUGCUCAACUCUAGGUGGGGGAAACUACAGGAAGGGCUUUGUAUGUUUUCCUCCUGGGCAGAGAGUACAGUGUUUUCCCUCCUGGGUGGCCUCUGAGAGAUGGCUUAUCUGUCCAGACUUGCUCACAAGCCCCAUUCAGAAAAACAGCCCCAAACACGGGAGCCAGUGCAGCCCCUGCUUUCAUGGGGUCAUGGCAAGCGGGGAGUAGACUCAUCGGCCACCUCCAUUUGCUGCUGGCAGCCUCACACUAGGCCCGCACUUCAGAAGGUAGGGCUCUGAUGGGCUGUCCAAAUCAUCCUGAUUAGCAUCAGCAGUGUUUCUGGAGGAGAGGGCACGGAUUUCUAGUCAGCUCCAACUGUGGUCUGUGGGCAUGUACUUUACCCCUCUUCGACCCAGUUUCCCCACUUAUAAAAUGGUGAUAAAACCAACAGACUGUUGAAAGGCUUAACUCAGACAGAUAAAGGCAUCAUAAACUUGAAAGAGACAAAGGCUGUUGAUAAAUUUGACUGCUUCUUGGUGCAUACCUACUCUGUGCCAGGCACUGCGCUUGCUAAGUGCUUUUGGGCAUGAUCUUGUUUAGUCCCCACCCAAGCCCUGGGAAAACAGGAACUGUGAGUAUCCUUCUCUUUCUGCACAGGGAACAAUUAAUACUCAGAGAUUCCCCUUAAUUUGCCCAAGGCCACACAGCUGGUGGUGGUGAGCCAGGGUUUAACCACCCAAAGCCAGUGCUCUUAGCCACCAUGCUCUGCUGCCUCCAGCUCACAGAACGCACUUUAGUGACACUGUGUGCACUGUGGAGGCCUCAGAUGGAAAGCUGGCACCUGCCUGGAAGCCUCGAGGAGGGGGAGGUCCCCCAAGAAACAAAGCUCACAUGAAGCUUAGAGUUUCCAGGGGUAUUUAUUUAGUUCAACAAUCUUUUAUUCAACAGGUGUUUAUUGACCGCCUACUGUGUGCCAGGCUCUGGGCUAGGUACUAUGGAUACAGCAGAGAACAAAACAGAUAGUCUUUGCUCUCGAGGAAUUGGCAUUCUAGUAAGUGGAAAACUAAUAAAAUAAAAUAAAUGUACCGUAGGAGGUGUUGAUAAGUGCCCUGAAGUGAAAAAAGGAUAUGGGGGUGAGGGUGGUGCCGCUUUAGAUAAGGAGCUCAGGCGAGGCUCUGAGGAGCUGCUCUUGAGGAAGGAGCACACCCACCCACAUGUCUGCAGGCUGAGGACACAGCUGUGCAAAGGCCCUGAAGCUGGAGCGUGUUUGAAGAGUAGCAAGGAGGCCAGCCUGGCUGGAGUGUGGCAGGGGUGCGGCCAGGAAUGGAGUAGUAGAUCUGGGCCAUAGGAGCUGUGGACUUGGCUUCUAUUCAGAGAGAUAUGGGAAGCCUUUGUAGGGUUCCGGGGCCAGGAGGGUCAUGAUCUGAUUGACAUUUUCGAAGGACUCUGGUUGUCAAGUGGAGAAGAGGCUGGAGGAAGGGAGGGGCAAAGCAGAGAGACCAGUUCAGGCUGUCACAGGGAUGCAGACGAGAUUCUGCAUAUAUAAGAUUAUUUUUUAAUUUCGGUCUUUUAAGUCUUUUAAUCAUGCAACAUAUACAAUUUAAGGUCCUGCUUUUUCAUUUAACACUGUAUCAUGUUUUUCAUGUUAGUACAUAGCUCGAAUAAACAUUUUUAAUGAUAUAAGAUUCUAUUAAGGGAUAUCCCAUAGUUUACUCUGUCCUUUUUGUAUUACAAUUUAGUGUGUUUCCAACUUUUACUGUUAUAAAUAACUAUUAGAAAAAUAUUUUUAUUUGUGAGAGUUUUUCUAUAUCUAAAAUUUUCAUUGAGAUAAAUUCCCAGAAGUGGAUUUGUUGGGUCAAAGACUUCAAAGGUUUUAUUAUGGAAAAAUUCAAAUACACAUAAAAUUGUGAGUAAUAAACUCCCAGUUCCAAUAAUUAUCAACAUUUUACCUUCGUAUUUUAUCUGCCGUCCUAUUCCCAGGUCUGUUUGCUUGUUUGCUGGAGUGGUUUAAAGAAAAUCUGAAUAUGUGUUGAAGGAAGAGCCACCAGGAUUUGCCAAAUGUAGGGUGGGAAGGAAAGAGGAGUCCAGGAUGUUUCAAGGUUUAGGGUCCAAGCAACAUGGAGAAUGGAGUUGUCCUUGACUUACACAGUGACCUUGCCUAUCAUCUCACCUCGCUAUACUUCACCUCCAAGUUAAAAGUGCUAAUAGUGGUCCAGGCAGUGUUUCUCAAAGAGUGGUAUCCAGAGGUUCCCUGGGGUGCUGAUGAGUAAGAUCUGGGACCCACUUAAGACCUAAGGAGUCAGAGUAUCUGACAGGUAGUGCACAG